UAAAAGAAGAGCAAAAAAAAUAAGAAGUUCUACAGAAAAAGUUACGUGCUAAUCAGACUUUUAAGAAAAUAUACUCUUUUUACAGUCAGUACAAGUAGAAGAAGAAGAAAGAAGAAGAAAAGCUCCUCAUUUUCAGAUUUGUUCCAGUAACCGUCACAAUGAGGCACAUGAAAAGAGGUUUUCUGGAUAGUCUCCGAUUGUACGUGAAAGGAGGAAGUGGGGGCAUGGGAUACCCUCGUUUUGGAGGCGUUGGAGGAAGUGGUGGAAAUAUUUAUGUUGAAGCAAAAGAAGACACCAGUCUCUUAAAGACCCUGAAGGCUCAUCCAGAUAAGCGCUGGAGUUCAGAGAAUGGUGCAAAUAGUCGACAGUUUCGUAUUCUUGGUGAACAAGGGGAGGAUGUUUGCAUACCUGUUCCAGUUGGCACAGCAGUCAGAUUAGAUGAUCAGAGACUAAUAGGUGAACUGAAUCAGGCAGGGGAUAAAAUAUUAGUUGCCAGAGGUGGGGUAGGUGGUUCUCCAAAUAAUCAAUAUAAUGGACAGAAAGGACAGGCACACCAUAUUAUUCUGGAGUUGAAGCUGAUUGCUGACAUUGGUCUUGUGGGAUUCCCCAAUGCAGGAAAAUCGACUAUAUUAAAGGCCAUUUCAAAUGCCAGGCCGAAAAUUGCAAGUUAUCCAUUUACCACUUUGAAGCCAAAUAUAGGCAUGGCAGAAUUUAAAGAUGGUCGCCAGAUUAGCAUUGCUGAUUUACCUGGCCUUGUGGAAGGAUCGUGGGCAAACGUGGGAAUGGGCCACAAAUUCCUGAAGCACGUGGAGCGAACAAAGAUGCUACUCUUUAUGGUUGAUAUUAAUGGUUUCAGACUAGGACCAAAGUACCCCUAUAGGUCAGCAACUGAAAAUGUUGUAUUACUUAAUAAGGAAUUAGAGCUAUAUUCACCGGAUUUAGUAGAGAAACCAUCAUUACUAGUGGUCAACAAAAUGGAUUCUCCUUUUGCUGAAGAGAAGCUGAAAAGAUUACUUGAUGAACUACAGAACAUAAAAGAUGUGUGUGCAAGAUUUCCAGAAGAAAUGUGUCCUGAUCAGUUUGUUGUAUUCGAUGAGAUCAUACCUUGCUCAGCAAAGGAGAACCGGGAGUCUGUUGAUUAUGUGAAGCGGAGACUGCGAGAGCUAUUAGAUUUUUAUGAUGAUCAAGAGAGAGAAGCACCAGAGUUUGCAGCAAAGAGGAGAGUUAAAAAUAAGCUUAUUGAGACAAAUCUGCAGCUAAUGUAGUGUAAAGGCACUGUUAAUUGUGUAAAUAUUUUUAUUUAUAUGAGAUUUAUUGCAAGGAGUAAUAUUAAAAGGCAAACUAUGUUUAUUAGAAAUGUUGAAAGCCACCUGCCUAUAUUCUGUGUAUUUACAAAUUGAAAUUGUAAUUGAUUCAUAUAUGAAUUUUAUAUAAUAAAAGUGAAUAAGGAGAAAG